CUCGCAAUAGGCCUGCCCCACAUCUUCCUUCCUCUUCCUCCGCUGGAAAGGAGAGGAAAUGGGAUGGGAGUGAGAGUAGGGUUUACACUCUCCUCCGAUCCCUAAUCAAAGGAGAGAAGCACUCUCCUCCGCUCCGAGCGGCGGCGGAGAUACCCUCCUCUCCCACGGUCGCCGCUGUUUCUAUCUCCCGGUCGUGCUCAAGCUGAAUUUGCUCAAUGUAGGACCUACCAGAGGCUCUGGUGACAGAGAUUCUCAAGAGGAUCACCAGCACAAGUGAUCUGAAUUCUCUUUCCCUUGUGUCAAAGCAGCUCUACAAGAUAGAGGGGAAUCAGAGGGGUGCUAUCCAUGUUGGUUCCGGUCUUUGCACUGCUACGAAAGCACUGACAUCAUUGUGCGCCCGGUUCCCAAAUUUGCGGAAAGUGGAAAUCGAUUACUCUGGUUGGAUAUGUGGACAUGGAAAGCAGUUGGACAAAAAAGGCCUUUCUGUGUUUUCAUCUCACUGUUCCUCGCUGACUGACCUCACCUUAAGCUUCUGUUCAUGCAUUGAUGACUCUGGGCUUGGUUGUUUAGCUUAUUGCAAGACAUUGGUGUCUCUCAGGCUGAACUCCACACCAAAAAUAACAUCAUAUGGGCUUCUCUCGGUUGCAGUUGGUUGUACAAGUCUAUCUGCUCUCCACCUUAUUGAUUGCGAGAAAAUCGACAGUGUGGAGUGGUUGGAAUACCUUGGUAGGGAUGGAUCGUUGGAAGAGCUUGUAGUGAAGAAUUGCAAAGGUAUCAAUCAUCAUGACUUCCUAAAGUUUGGUUCAGGAUGGAUGAAGCUCCAGAAGUUCGAGUUUGAGAGGAAAAGAGGAAUAUAUGAUUGUGUUCCAGGUGAUGUGGUUUAUGACUCCUCGUACGAUGCUCACAGCAUGGAUAUAUGUGAUUUCUGCUGUGAGAGUUUGAAGGAUUUAAGGUUGGCGCAUAUUAAAACUUGGCCAGAAGUAGGGCUUCGUGUUGUCCUAGGGAAGUGUAAAGCAUUGGAGAAGCUUUGCCUUGAGUAUGUUCAUGCCCUAAAUGAUAAUGACAUGAUUGCAUUAUCUCGGAGCUGCAGCAACCUUAAAAGCAUCUCACUUUGGCUUGACCCGCAGAGGUACUCUAGUGAUAUCAGCUAUUGUGAAACCAGGACAUCAUUUACUGAUAACAGCCUUUACGCUCUAGCCCUCAACUGUCCAAUGCUUCAGAUCGUAGACCUCAGCUUUACAGGAUGUGCUGCUGACUGGCCAUCAGAAAUAGGAUUCACACAACAGGAUUUUCUGGUGCUCAUUCAGUCCUGCCCUAUUCGUGUUCUCGUGCUAAAUACUGCCAACUUCUUUGAUGACGAGGGGAUGAAGGCCCUGUCAUCCUCACCAUACCUGGAGACACUCGAGCUUAUAUUGUGUGAAGCGGUAACUGAUGCUGGGAUGCACUUCAUUGGACAGACCCCACGCUUGAGUAAUCUCACACUUCGGUUGUGUCAUGAGGUGACUGAUGUCGGAGUGGCUGAACUGGGACAUGCACAUAAGUUAGAGUCUUUGAUUAUCGAUUGUUGUAGCAAGGUCUCUCUGCAAGGGGCGGAGGGUGUUGCCAAGUCGGUUCACUACUCCAGCAACUUCUCAGAUGCCCUGAUGAAGGCAAUUUGUCUCGGCGCCUAGUGAUGAAGUGGUCUCCAAAAUUUUCAGUAUGAAUUUGCGGCUGAAGCCAUUAAGUUAUUUAGUGUGCAUCAUCGGACAAGGCUGUGCGUUAUCCAACCUAGAUCCACUUGUCUGGACUUUCUAUUGCCUUUUCUACCUUUACUGCUAUGAUUUUUUCUGUAUGACAGUCUAAUGAUGAUCUUUGGACGGCAUCUGGUGAAUGAAACUUUAAUAGUAGGCACCACUAGUGUACUGUAAUUCUUGUUGCAUAAUUUCUACUCUAUAGCUGUUUUGUAAUCCGCACACAUCGUCCCCAAGAUUCCCUGUUUUGCUGUUUGGUUU